AUGUCUAUCGACAAAUCGUGGUCGGGGUACAACAAGGGCAUCGAGCCCGACGAUGGCUUCGAAUGGAUCUGGCAGGAUGCUAUCCCGGCUGAUCUGCCCGGUCGAGACCCCGCCGUUGUCUACAUUCCCCUCGGCUACGAGAAGAAAGUCCUACCCAAGGGUUGGAGGAAGACACCUGAAAACAAAGCCCUAGAGCUUGAUAUUAUCUUUGAGAAAGACGUUGAGUUUGUUAUGCGAGACGGUGUCAAAUUAUACGCUGAUAUCUACCGACCAGCGGAGAUGGGUGGGAAGAAGGUUCCCAUCAUAAUGCCAUACUCACCAUACGGUAAAGGUGGAGGAGGUGCAAAUCUGAUGGACGUUGUCCCGUAUCGUGUUGGAGUCCCUAAGAGCCGACAAAGUGGUCUGGAGAAGUUCGAGGGACCCGAUCCGAAUGAAUGGUGUAGGCGAGGCUAUGCCAUUUUAGACCCCAAUGCUCGAGGUUCUUUCGACAGUGAAGGUAAUCUGCAUUUUUUCGGAAGAAAGGAAGGGGAAGACUGUCACGAUCUUAUCGAAGCUGCCGCAAAGUUCGAAUGGUGCAACGGUGCUGUUGGUAUGGCGGGUAACUCCUGGCUUGGGAUUGCACAAUAUUGGGCGGCAAUGGAGCAGCCGCCUUCGCUAAAGGCUAUCGCUCCAUGGGAAGGGUUCAGCGACAUGUAUCGCGAGCAACUUCGUCGUGGCGGCAUUCCCUGGUCACCCUUCCUGAGGUGGGUUCUGAUGGGCAUCCCAGGCCGCGGUCUCCAGGAAAAUGCCACACUGAUGAGUGAGAGCCGAGAACAUUGGGAUGCCUACUGGGAGUCCAAAAGGGUCGAUUUCAGCAAGAUCAAAAUCCCGUCCUAUGUGCUCGCCUCCUAUUCGUCCAUGCUGCACACGGUGGGGUCUGUCCGAGCCUUUAAAGAAAUCGAUUGUGACCAGAAGUGGUUGCGUUUCCACCCCCAUCAAGAGUGGUAUGAAGAUUAUCUUCAUAGUUCGGUCGACGACUUGGAUCGAUUUUUCGAGCGAUACCUGAAAGGCAAAUCCAACGGCUGGGAAGCAACUCCGAAAGUCCGGGUCUCCAUGUAUCGGUAUGGCGAGAAUUACCCGGUGUACGAUCAAGUCGAAGAAGAUUAUCCAAUCCCUCGGACCCAGUACACAAAAUUAUACCUGGACUCAGCCAAAACUUUGCAGAAUGAACUCAGUCUCACAGAGGCAGUACACUCAUAUAAUUCAACCACGAAAGAAAUGGCGACGUAUGACUUCAUCUUCCCAGAGCGAACAACACUGGCUGGGUUCUCGAAGCUCCGGAUAUUUGUAUCGUGCAAGGAACACAACGACCUCGACAUCUAUGUCAUGCUUCGUAAAUUGUCCGUUGACGGUGAGCUUAUGGAGCAAUCCAAUGUCCCUCUCCAUGAGCUGCCUCCGUCUGUCAAGUCGGUGAAGGAUGUCGCCAAUGUCAAUCCGACAAAAUAUCUAGGGCCGACAGGUAUCUUGAGAGCAUCCCACCGAGCGAUCGAUGCAGACAAGUCCACUGAAUAUCUUCCAUUCCACCCACAUCUCAAAUCCGAGUACAUUUCCCCUGGUGAAGUGGUACCAUUGGAUAUCGGGAUAUGGCCUAUGGGAAUUGUGUUCGAGAAGGGUGAAGCCCUCCGAUUGCAGAUUUCCGGGAAGACAAUGGUUCUACCAGAAUGGGACAACCCCCAUGUCGCUCAUGCAGAACCGAAUUUCAACAGAGGCUUCCACAACGUCCAUCUAGGUGGGAAAUAUGCGGACAGUUAUUUAUUGGUUCCGAAAUUGUAA